UGCGCCCGGACGCCGCCGCAAGCCUUUUUCUAAGAGCGUUUUUUUAUUAUUUUUUAACAUUUAGCAGUGGUUUUAUAAACCCCUUUUCUAGAGUCCCUUUUCGAUAGUGCGCGCUCCGGAGUUUUCUGGAGAUGGGACGUAGCUAAAGACAGAGGAUGGACGUCACUCGGCCAUCAUGCGCCCUCCUUGUUCUACUAGUGCUAUACAUUUUAAACCUCGCAACAUGUAUGAAUGCGAAGAUAAACUUCAGGGAGAAAGAGAAACAGAUCCUGGACCAGAUCCUUGGUCCAGGACGUUACGACGCCCGCAUCAGACCCUCCGGAAUCAAUGGAACUGGCGAAGCGCCAACGUUAGUUCGCGUCAACCUGUAUCUCCGAUCCAUCAGCAAAAUAGAUGAUUACAAAAUGGAAUACUCCGUUCAAUUGACGUUCAGGGAGCAAUGGUUAGAUGAGAGACUCAAGUUUAACAACUUGGGGGGUCGUCUCAAGUAUUUAACCCUGACGGAAGCGAACAGAGUAUGGAUGCCGGAUCUUUUCUUCUCCAAUGAGAAGGAAGGUCACUUCCACAACAUAAUCAUGCCGAAUGUUUACAUUCGUAUCUUCCCCAACGGAAACGUGCUGUACAGCAUUCGAAUUUCCCUUACUCUCUCCUGCCCCAUGAACCUCAAGCUCUACCCGUUGGAUAAGCAGACGUGCUCCUUGCGAAUGGCCAGUUAUGGCUGGACGACUGAUGACCUAGUGUUCCUGUGGAAGGAGGGAGAUCCAGUCCAGGUUGUGAAGAACCUACACCUGCCUCGCUUUACGCUCGAGAAGUUCCUCACUGAUUAUUGCAACAGCAAGACUAAUACUGGUGAAUACAGUUGCCUCAAAGUAGAUCUGUUGUUCAAGAGAGAGUUCAGUUACUACCUCAUUCAGAUCUAUAUACCAUGCUGUAUGUUAGUCAUAGUAUCAUGGGUGUCAUUCUGGCUGGACCAGGGAGCUGUACCAGCGCGAGUGUCUCUAGGAGUAACUACACUGCUUACAAUGGCUACGCAAUCGUCGGGCAUCAACGCUUCCCUGCCCCCCGUCUCAUACACCAAGGCCAUCGACGUAUGGACGGGGGUCUGUCUAACCUUCGUGUUCGGAGCGUUACUAGAGUUCGCUUUGGUGAACUAUGCGUCUCGCUCCGACAUGCAUCGAGAGAAUAUGAAGAAAACGAGACGGGAGAUGGAAGCUGCCGCCAGCAUGGAUGCAGCAUCGGACCUGCUGGACACGGACAGCAAUACGACGUUUGCGAUGAAACCGCUGAUGCGCGGUGGUGUGGUGGACUCCAAGAUGCGGCAGUGCGAGAUCCACAUGACGCCCCCACGGAAGAACUGCUGCCGACUCUGGAUGUCCAAGUUCCCGACGCGUUCCAAGCGGAUAGAUGUCAUCUCCAGGAUCACCUUCCCGCUUGUCUUCGCGCUCUUCAACCUUGCUUACUGGUCGACGUACCUGUUCCGCGACGAGGACGAGGAGAAGUGAUUCUCCGUGCCUACGUCGGGCGGCGUGGAGGGGGCGCGCCUCGCCGCCGCCGUGCUCGCGCCCUACGCGCUGUUCGCGCUCGUGUACUUGCUGUGUCUGCGUCCGCGCCCGCCCCGCGCUCCCCGCACGCCCCG